CCGGCCUAUAAUCCUUUCGACAUCGGAAUAUAGAUGUGCACGCCCUUACUUUUACAUACACACUAGGGUGUAGCGUGACAGUUUAUAUUCAAGACUCAUCGGGAACAAACCUACAAACAUCGAUCUUUAUAGUAUAUAUCUAACCUUAUCCUUCGGGGUUGGGCGCGCACUUGACUUUGAAUCAUUCUAAGCUACUGAGAUCUUGCCAACUACUAAGAUCUACCAUUUACAUCUACUUCACAUACUACUCUGGUUCACUAGGUUAACCUCAAUAUGAGUUCCUCCGAUAAAACUUCGAGCUCAGCCGUAAAUGGGAAUGAGUCUUCAGUCAAAAGGGAUACAGCUUCGCCUUUAUUUGGCCAAAGGAUACUUCAACAUUUCGAGUUUGAUCCGGGUCAUCGCAACCUUAACCAUGGUUCCUUCGGCGCAAGUCCACGCGCCAUCAGAAAAAAGCUUCGCGAAUAUCAGGACCUUGCCGAAGCAAAGCCAGAUCAAUUCAUCCGCUAUGAUACUCCUGACAUACUGAACGAAUGUCGGGAAGCUACCGCGAAACUACUCAAUGUUCCAACAGAAACAGUAGUGUUUGUGGUGAACGCCACAACCGGUGUGAACACCAUCCUACGUAACAUCGCCUGGAAUGACGACUGUAAGGAUGAGAUUAUCUAUUUUAAGACCAUAUACGGAGCAUGUGGAAAGACCGUUGAUUAUAUCGUUGAUUCGGGUCUUGGCCGAGUUUCUGCACGCGCGAUCCAGAUUGACUAUCCCCAAGAAGACGAGGAGAUCGUAACGACGCUCAAAAACACGAUCGAGGACUGUGUAAAAGACGGGAAACGCGCAAGAAUUUGCAUCUUCGACAUAGUGUCUAGUCUACCAGCCGUCCGAUUCCCUUUCGAAGAAGUCACUAAACUCUGUAAGGAAAAGGGGGUCUUGAGUCUUAUCGACGGCGCGCAAGGAAUUGGAAUGAUCGAUCUGGACCUUAGGGCACUUGACCCUGAUUUCUUCGUUUCGAACUUUCAUAAAUGGUUUUAUGUGCCUAGAAGCUGCGCUCUACUCUACGUUCCGGUACGAAACCAAGCAUUGAUACGUUCAACCAUACCAACCUCGCAUGGGUAUAUUUCCAACUCGGGGGAACGGUUCAAUCCGUUGCCUAAGAAAAAUGAGUCUCCUUUCGUCAAUAAUUUUCAAUUCGUCGGUAGCACGGAUUCAGCCGCUUAUCUCUGUGUGAAGGACGCAAUUGAGUGGCGGGAACAGGUCCUUGGUGGCGAGGCUAGAAUAUUGGAGUAUAUACAUGCCCUAGCUAAGGAUGGAGGUAAGAAAGCAGCUCAAGUUCUUGGGACUGAAGUUUUGGAUAAUAAAUCUGGCACGAUGUCGAGGUGUGCGACUACCAAUGUUGCUCUGCCUUUGGAGGUUGAGGAGGCAUCACAGGCUUCGGAUUGGAUGAUGGAGACGAUGAUGUCUGAAUACGGGACAUUUAUCCCGUUAUUCAUACACAAUGGUCGCCCCUGGGCUAGAAUAAGCGCGCAAGUAUAUUUGGAUAUCGACGAUUUUGAAUGGGCUGGUCGGACACUUCUUGAGCUGUGUACAAGAGUCAAACGAGGGGAAUACAAGGAGGCUUGAUUGAAGUCGUCCCAAAGUUCUGAUAGCACCUUGCCCGAUUGAUCAAU